ACUUCCAGCCACAGCCCAGCUCAUUUGAUUUCCUGUGUGACAGCAGCAAUGUGCACAGUAAUUGAUACCUCCAUCUAUGGUGAUAUCACAAAGGUUGAUACAACUGGUGCUUCUGAUAAAACAGCAAAACAGGACAAGCUGAGUGUAACAGGUGUUGCUGCCUCUCAUAAGAUGAUGAGCAUGGAUUUGAACAGAGUGAACAAGUACAAGACUUUGAUUGAUAAAGUUGCCUGUGCCAAGCAGAUCGAUCCAGCCAUAAUUGGUGCUAUCAUCUCCCGGGAAUCCCGUGGUGGCAAUGCCUUAGUAAAUGGAUGGGGAGACAACGAAAAUGGUUUUGGUCUCAUGCAGGUUGACAAAAGGUGGCACAGAAUAGUUGGAGAGUGGGACAGCGUGGAGCACCUACAACAGGCUACUGAGAUACUGAUAGACAUGAUUAAAUCAAUAGCAGCAAAGUUCCCAACUUGGACCAAAGAACAGCAGCUCAAAGGUGGGAUUUCAGCAUAUAAUGCUGGGACAAGAAAUGUUCACACUUAUGAAAGAAUGGAUAUUGGUACCACUGGAGAUGAUUAUGCUAAUGAUGUGACUGCAAGAGCCCAAUGGCUGAAGAGUAAUGGAUAUUAAUUCAUCAACAUUUUUCUUUCCAUUGAUACUGGUCUAUCUCUGGCAAUAAUUCCCUUAACAUUGCAGUCUAUAAAACAUCAGAAUACUUUUUAAUCCUCAUACAGUAUUAUUAAGUAAAGUCAAUUAAACUUGGAUCUCAAAGAGAUGUAAUCACCUAAAAUGCAUUGGUAAUAAAUAUAGACAUCAAACAUAAAAA